AUGGCUGUGGAGGUGGGGAGGCCCAGCAGGGUUCGCUUCAGCCUGCCACCCAGCCCGCAGCUGAACGGGCAGUGGGGCCAGAGGAAGCCCUGGUGUCGAGCCCUGGUGUCGACCCCUGAUGGAGCAAUCCGGCGGUGUGGUCACCGAUUUGCACCCUGUAGAGUUUUCAUCCUACAAAUGAAACAGCUGAACAUCUCUGAUCCCGCGGACCUCUCCCCUAGGCGCACGCGCGCUGGCGCUGCGCUCACCCGCCGCAGGUCCCGGGCUUCCGGUUCCGCCUGGGCCCAGGGACCGAGGCUAAUGGCGUCGGCGGCGAAGUCGGCCCCAGAAGAGGCCGUGGAGACUGAGGAUCCGGGCGCUCUGCAGCCCGGAGCCGCCCCGUUCGGCAAUUUCCCUCAUUAUUCUCGCUUCCACCCUCCGGAGCAAAGGCUCUGCCUUCUGCCCCCGGAGCUUCUUCGACAGCUCUUCCCUCCCGAGGGUCCCGAGAGGAGGCCGAUCCUAGGGCUCGACGUGGGGUGUAACUCCGGGGACCUGAGUGUGGCUCUGUACAAACAUUUCCUUCCCCUGCAUGAUGGGGAGACCUGCUUAGGUGCCUCCAGAGAAUUCCGCCUCCUCUGCUGUGAUAUAGACCCAGUCCUUGUGGAGCGAGCUGAAAAAGAAUGUCCUUUUCCUGAUGCUUUGACCUUUAUCACCCUGGACAUCAUGGAUCAAAGGAACAGAAAGGUUCCCCUGAGUUCGUUCUUAAGCCAGUUUGGGCGUUCAGUUUUUGACAUUGUCUUCUGCAUGUCAGUAACCAUGUGGAUUCAUCUGAACCAUGGGGACCAUGGUCUGUGGGAGUUCCUGGCCCAUCUCUCCUCACUCUGCCAAUACCUCCUGGUGGAGCCACAGCCCUGGAAAUGUUACCGGGCAGCUGCAAGGCGCCUCCGAAAACUGGGACUCCAUCAUUUUGAUCAUUUCCGCUCCCUCACCAUCCGAGGCGAUAUGGCCAGCCAGAUCGUGCGGAUCCUGACGCAGGACCAUGCGAUGGAAUUCGUGCACUGCUUCGGCAAUACCAGUUGGGACCGAAGCCUUCUGCUGUUCAGAGCAAAGCACACCAUGGAGACUCAUGCAACCCCUGAGUCGCCGACAGAGAGACAGAAAGGAACAGAUUAGGGUCCUGAGGACAGUAGAAGGACACAGCGGGAAGACAGAAAGACACUGAAACUUUCAUACUGAGAACUGCGUUCGCAUCCUGGAGCGAUCGGCAGCCUCCAGACCUGGCAGGGGCUUUUGGCAAAGUGUCGAAGCAAGCAGCUGAAAAAGAAUUGGUGUCUGUGUUCCCUAUUGUUUGGAUAGGCCCCGAGGGGAAUGAAUUCAUAGAGCAGUGAGCUAGGCAGUCUGGGUAGAGAUUGUGGUCCUGGGAAAUGAAACUGCUUUUGGAAGUUGUUUUUGUUUGCUGGGGAUCAAACUCAGGGUCUUUAAUGUGCUAGGCAAAUGGUCUACCACCAAGCUACAUCUCCGGCUCUAAGGGGUUAUUUAUAAAAAAUAAGACCAGGUUAAUCUUAGACUGUGUCAUCUUUCUCAUUUUUAUUUUUAUUUUAUUUUUAUUUUAUGUGCAUUGGUGUUUUGCCUGCAUGUAUGUCUGUGUGAGGGUGUCAGAUCUUGGAGUUACAAACAGUUGUGACCUGCUAUAUGGGUGCUGGGAACUGAACCCAGAUCUUCUGGAAGAGCAGUCAGUGCUGUUAACCCCUGAGCCAUUUCUCAAGCUCCAAACUGUCAUUUCUUUGAACUCCUUAAGUCCAAUCUGGUGUCUUCAGGCAUUUUCUGAACCUGCUAGGCCUGCCUUGAAGCAAAGCCUCACAAUGAAAUCUGCAAUAAGAGGUCCUGGACUGGCUACAGGAAGUGGCCAGUAGGGAAGGCAGCUUACCUUUCUAGAGCAGGCCAAGCCUCGAACAGUAGUUAUAGACACUAGAAAGAUUCGCCAACCAGCCUUUAAAAAAAAAAUACUUAGAAGUACUUAGACACUGGGUGUAGUGGCGGAUGCCAGCACUUAACAGACAGGGGCAGGAAGAUUGGAGUUCAGGGCCAGCUUCAGCUACAUAGUUUGAGGCCAGCCCGGGCUAUAAAUUAACACCCUGUGUUUAAACAAACAAACAAACAAAACCAAAGCAAUGACAGCAGGUGUUUAGGGCUCACAGUAAAGCUCAGUUGCAGAGUGUUUACCAGAUACCUGUAAGGUCUGAACCCGAGCCUUCGUCUCAUCCCCCAUCACCUCCUCA